AAGUCGACUCUCUGGAGGAACAGCAGCCUGAAGUGGCUCCACUUCUGUUAUGAUUUUGAUAAAAUUCUAUUUUUUUUUACCAUUGAAAACACUUGAUGCCUUGUUUGGGGUUGAACGUGUUUAAAAUGGGUGUUUUUUGUAUAUUCUGCGGAAGAGUGUCCCCAAGGUGCUGACAUCUCUUUAACAAUGCAGAUGACGGAUUAGCCGAGAGCGGCAACAGGAAAACACGAUGCCUCUUCACAUGUCAUUAGCCACAGCUUCACCAUUGUCAAACUGAAACUGAGGAGACAAGGACAGCAUCUUUUUGCUUACGGCCUGCUGGGGGAGAGAAAGCAGAGACAUCCCAGGCUGUAAUCAGCACACUUCAAAGCAGGGGAAAUGGCUUUCUUGGACAAUCCAGCCAUUAUCCUGGCUCACAUCCGACAGUCUCAUGUGACUAGUGAUGACACAGGAAUGUGUGAGAUGGUACUCAUCGACCAGGAUGUGGAUCUGGAGAAGUGCCAGCUCACUCUGGUGCCCGGAAGCAGCUGUGGCUCUUCUGGGUCGGGGUCUUUCGUUGAAGGUGGCAUUAAUGCGACGGACAAUCAUGCCUGCGACCUCUCCCAAUCCAUGGACAUCACCUCCAGCUGGGACUUUGGAAUCCGUCGGCGCUCCAACACAGGAGAAGAUACCCGCGACAAACCCGGGGCUGCUGCCCAAAGACUUGAAAGACUAAGAAAAGAACGGCAGAACCAAAUCAAAUGUAAGAAUGUUCAGUGGAAGGAAAGAGCAUCGUCUCACUCUGUGGAAGACCUAGGGACUCUGUUUGAUAAACAAGACUACAAAGACCGGCCGCGGACGACAGGAGUAAAAUCCACCUUAUCUCUGCGGCUGGAGCAGUGUCCGCAGCAGCUCAACAACCCCUUCAACGAAUACUCCAAAUUUGAUGGCAAGGGCCACAUUGGUACAACGGCUACGAAGAAGAUCGACGUCUACCUCUCGAUGCAGAUGACUCAGGAGAAAGUACAUCCAAUGACGGUGGUGACCAUUGCUAACGCCCGUGUUCACGACCUCAUCGGGCUCAUCUGUUGGCAGUACACGAGUGAGGGAAGAGAACCCAAACUCAACGAGAAUGUCAACGCCUACUGCCUCCAUAUUGCUGAGGACGAUGGUGAGGUGGACACAGACUUCCCACCCCUUGACUCAAACGAGCCAAUCCACAAGUUCGGUUUCAGCACUCUGGCCUUGGUGGAGAAGUAUUCUUCACCCGGGCUCACCUCAAGACAGUCGCUGUUCGUCAGAAUAAAUGCUGCCCAUGGUUUUUCUCUGAUUCCUGUGGACAGUAUGAAGGUCACCAUGAAGGAAAUUCUUCAGAAAGCCCUCAAGAAAAGGAAAGGCUCACAGAAAGGCUCUGGGCCCAUGUAUCGCCUGGAGAAGCAGAUGGAGCCAAAUGUGGCAGUGGACCUGGAUUCAACCCUGGAGAUCCAGAACACCCUGGAGUUUUGUCUGGUCAGAGAAAACAGCUCCAGAGGUGAGGAGAGCUCAGAGGAAGACCCUCCCAUCGACAUCACCUCAGUCCAAGACAUGCUGAGCAGCCACCACUACAAGUCCUUCAAGAUCAGCAUGAUCCACAAGCUGCGUUUCACCACAGACGUGCAGCUAGGUGUUUCAGGGGAGAAAGUGGAGAUCGAUCCCGUCACGAAUCAGAAGGCCAGUACCAAGUUCUGGAUUCGCCAAAAACCAAUCUCCAUCGACUCGGACCACCUGUGUGCCUGCGACCUCGUAGAGGAGAGAAGCCCCAGUCAUGCCAUCUUCAAACUGACGUAUCUCAGCAGCCACGACUACAAGCCUCUCUACUUUGAGUCUGAUGCAGCUACUGUCAAUGAAAUCGUGCUGAAGGUUAACUACAUCCUGGAGUCCAGGGCCAGCACCUCCAGGGCUGAUUACUAUGCACAGAAACAGCGGAAACUGAGUCGCCGGACCAGCUUCAGCUUCCAGAAGGAGAAGAAGAGUGGCCAGUAGACCAACUGGACCUGUUCUGUCUGUAUGGAAAUCCAGACACGAGGCCUCGGGGUUUGUGCAGCGACGGUAUCAGACACUGAAGCUGCUAGAUGUAGAGACUGAUGAAGCCCCAGGAAGCUCAUCUGCUCGAGCUGAGAACGGUUGAAACCUUUGCAACUCCACCAGGGAGAAAAAAAUAAACUCACUAUUGUUUGUCUAGAUUUGAAAAAUGUCUGAUAUGACAUGCAUACAGUUUGGGUUUAACUGUCUUGCUACAGUCAGUUUUUUAUUGUUUUAUGUUUUUUAUUAAUUCAAUGCCUCUUUAUUUUAACCCAGUCCUCCAGGGGGAGUUUGUACACUUAAAACCAGUUCAGGAUGUACACCUAGCAAACCAAUCAGAGCUACAUGCUAAAUCUGCUUUCUGUUGUUUUUUUUUGUUGUUUUUUUUAAGCAUUUAAAUACACAAGUUAAUUUUGAAUGACUGUACAUAAGCAUUUUAUAUUCAGGAAAUAAUAAUCUUAAUGAGGAAUGAUAUGAUAAUGAAGGAAAUGAUGAUCCCCAACUUUAGUGCCAUUUUGAUUUAUUUAAAAGCAACCUCUGCCUUGAGUUGUCUACACUGUUGUCUCUUUAUUAGGCGCAUUCAUCUAAAAGUAGAAAACACAGUUAAAAACAAUGCAAUGAGAUAUAACUGAAGUGUUUUGUGAAGAGGUUUGAGUUUAUUUCGAUAUCAGUCUACAGGACUCCGACACGUGGACAUUUACUGACACCCAAUGGUGAAUGUGAAGGUUGAAAAAGGCUCCAAGUCCACAGUGUUGCUGGCUCUGCGUAAUCGCUGGAGGUAGACGAGAUGAAAUGUUUGUUUUGUUAUGGUUGGGUGAGGAGAAACAAGAAAAAGAAAAUUCAGCAUUUUCCUCAAAUAUAAGUAUAACAACCCCAAAUCAGUAACACUAGGGAAACGGGGGAAAAAACAAAACGGUCUUGGACAUUUAUAUCUUUGCAGACAGUGUGAACCAAAAAAAAGAAAAAUCCUGUUUUUUCUCAUUGGCUUCAUUUCAGAUGUUUAUAUAAGUACAUUUUUGUUUGCAACACAUUACAAACAAUGUUGGUAUAAGGGGCCAUUUACCGCUAGUGAGGAGGCAGAAGGAAAAACAUCUGUUUUUCAAACUACUGGCAUCAACAGGUGAUACAAUUUAAAUGAAUAUUCUCUUAUAAUUUCAGAGGAGAAAUUACAUUUUUGCAGUAUCAAAACAGGAAUAAAUAAGCAGAGAAACAAAACUUGAAAAUUAGUAAGUUAAAAGUGUAGCAAAAAGGAGCCUGGCCUUCUACAUUUCCUGACAACUACUGGGCUGCUGAUGUCACUGCAGCAUCAGCAGACGACACAGAUGAGUGCAGAGACCAAACCAAGGGCCGUGCUCAUUAACUGGCUCUGCGCUCCGUCCUUAGCACUGCUGUCGUGUCUGCACUCUCUGCCUUCUCUAAUCAAAGGAUCAGAGUUAUGUGUUGGGGGAACAAAAUAUGUUCCUGCAACCGAUCUUGGUGAAAACAUCUUUUACCAACAGUCUGCAUUGGCCUUGAUCAGUAUUCACCAGAUUGAAGGUCUGGAGUUGCACUGCAAAAACUCAAAAUCUUAACAAGAAUCUUUGUCUUAUUUCUAGUUAAAAUGUCAAAUUUUUAGUCAAAAAA